AUGUCUCGUUACGUGUCGUCGUCAAAGGUGGUGGUCGCGCAGAAGAAGGAGCACUGCGACUGCAGAAGAGGAGGAGGACGUGCCUUCUCCUUGCAUCAUUAUCAUCAUCAUCAUCAGCAGCAGCAUCGAUCGAGGAUGAGAAACUUUACGAGGAAACGAACGACACUGAAUGCUGCUGACGCUGCUGCUGGGAAGAAAGAAGAAAACGGCGUUGACGAUGGCGAUGAUGAUGAAACGUUUUUGUCGUCGUCAAAAGCACGGAUAAGCGAGAUAGUUUCGGUUGUCGAUACACAGAAGGGCCGACCGAAACAAUCCGGUUUGUUAGAUUCGGAAACGCAGAAAAAUCUCACGAAAGGCGAGGACGACGCGUUUUGCGAGAAGAAGGAAGUGACGAGAUUCGAGACGUUUUUAAUCACCACCACCACCGCUACCACCACCAUUAAUUCGCCCGAGGAGGAAUACGAUGAUCUUCGAGAGACAAAAGAGGAGGAGAGAAGAGAGAGCAACUCAUUUUACGCGUCGUUGGAAGCGGACCAGACGGCGUUUUUGGAUUCGUAUUCGCCGCCGACGGCGUUCGACGAGAUGAUAUUGCAAAAUAAGAGCAUGGAGAGCAAAGGAACGUUGACGGGCGUGGUCGCGCUGAUAACCGGGUCGACGGUUGGAGCAGGGAUUUUGGCGUUACCGAGUGUCUGCGCGGAAACGGGCGUGGUGCCUUCCAUUUUAGGCAUCGUUGGUACGUGGACGUUGCUCUUGCUCUCCGCGUUGUUGUUGGCGGAGAUUAACGUGAGCGUGAUGAGGGAAAGAGACGAGGUGCGGUUCGAGCACGGGCGAGGCCAUUCGCCCGUAGUGAUUUCGUUGCCGGACAUGGCGAUGACGACGUUGGGUAAAACCGGGUCGUACGUCAUGUCUGCGACGUAUUUGUUCGCCUCGACGACUUUGUUGGUCGCGUAUAUCGCCAAAGCCGGCGAGAUUAUAGAAACGAUCGAUCCGGCGCUGACGCUCGAGGCGAGCACGAUUGGUUUUACCGUCGGUCUAGGGGCAGUGAUGGCGUUUGGAUCCGUGAACGUAAUCGAUAACAUCAACAGGGUGUUAACGAUCGUCUUGAUGGGUUUGUUUUUCGGCAUAUUAUACGAAGGCGCGAUCGUUGCCGAUUUCAAAAACUACGAUCUCAUCAACGACGCGAGCAAAUUACCGGAAGCAAUACCCAUCAUGUUUUUAUCGUUAAUUUACCACGAUUUAGUGCCAGUUAUUUGUGCAUACAUGAAUGGUGAUUUGAAAGAGAUCCGUAAAGCGAUCGUUGUUGGUAGCUGUGUUCCACUGUUUAUGUUUAUCGCUUACCUCAUCGUCGCGUUGUCCAUCAACAACACCUCAGUCGCGAGCGGGUUAGGCUUUGAAGACCCGUUGGACUUACUGUUAAAAUCAGACGUCGGAUGGAUUGUCGGAGGUUUUAGCUUUUGUGCAAUUAGUACGAGUUUCAUAGGCACUUGUCUAGGCGUCACGAGUACGAUAGAGCCGAAAAUCAAGGAAACCUUCGCGGAGAAAGGUUUAACGGCGAAAGGCGCCAAAAAGGUUUCGUAUUUCGCGACGUUGAUCUUACCGUUGAUUAUCGCGUUAUCCGCUUCGGAUAUCUUCUUACCGGCGACAAAGUUCGCCGGAUCGUACGGCGCACCAGUUUUGUACGGGUUGUUACCCUCGGUGAUGUGUUUCAUUUGGUUCACCAGCGAAGAACGGAAUUCGUUUCACAACGUCGGCAUGGAGUACGGUACAAAGAUCCCCAUCAAAGCGCUCGUGUUUUUAGCCUCGUUUGCGAUUAUGGCCGAUAGAUUCUUGCAAGAUACCGGGUUGUUGUCGUUCAGUUCAGUUAGUAGUUAG